AUGCGUGUUGCGGCCGUAUUUUUUGUGUUUUGUUGCGUACAAUUGGCUGAUUGUACUGGUAAGUGAUGGCACAAGCUUUCAAAGUUGUUUUAGGCAGUAAGGAACAAGAUGAACAUGUCAUUAGACUAGUGAGAGCUCAUGAAGAAGGUGAAGAGUCCAAGGAUAUGAGAGUGAAAAGACAUGGAGAAGAAGAAGAAAAGGUUGAAGAACGAGAGAAGCGACAUAAUGCUGAAGAAGAAGAAAAAGAAGUGAGCAAAGAAAAGAAUUCAAGCAAGGUAGCAUCAAAGGAAUCGAGUAAGGAGAAUGAGGCAAGAAAGGAAGAAGAAAAGGCUCCAGAAGAAGAGGAAGAAGAAAAAGAAGAAGCUGAGGAAGAGAAGAAAGAAAAAAGACGUAAGAAAACAAUUGAUUACUGACGAUAAGACCAGUAAACCUUUUUAAUGUAACAUAAUAUAAUUUCUAUAUUGAUGUCAUGUGAUUUCAGAAAGCUCUCCAGAAUCCAUGACUCAUAGUGAACACUCUCAACAAGGCGAACUUAACUCUCAGGAGCCGAAGCGUUUCAGGCGGCACGUUAAGCACAACCACUCGUCCAACAUUGGUCACGCUGCAUCAGCGACGACAGAACAUCCCGUGUUACAGUAA